GAAUCUCACAUUAACAUUCAUCUAUCUUAGCUGUUUGGUAAUUGGUAUCUUCUACCCUCCAAUGGGGAAACAAAGCACACUAACAUAUACACUAACAAUCGUUGGAUUACUCAACUAGUAAGAAGCGUGUCUUCUUUUUAACUGGUCUCGAGUUCGGAUCUGUAUACAUAAACAGUAAUAAUUGAUAGUUAUUAUAUGUGUCCGUCUAAAAUUAUGUCACAUUUUUUUAUACAUAAACAGUGACAAUUAAUGGUUACAAUAUGUGCUCGUAUAACAUUAUGUCACGGUUAGAGUAUCAAAAAAUACACAUAGAAAAAAGUGACAGCUGAUAUGGCUUCUUCCAAUAUACAAAUAAGGAAUAAUUAUGAUCAUUGAAUCCAACGGCUCAGAUUCUCUCCUCCGUUUCUGGCUCUCAGUUUAUCUUCCCAACAAUCUCUCCAUUUUCAGUUCCCCCUUUUCCCCCUUCCCUUUACUCCUCCUCCAUUUCUUCUUUAUGAGCUUCUUCUUCUUCCCUUUUGCUUCACAAUUCUGAGAGAAAAAAGAAGAGAAAAAAAAACCCAAGUAGAUUAAACUUCAAAGAAAGAAGAAAAGAAGUCUUACAAUAAAUUUUGCGUAGGAAAAAUGUUGUUAGGGAAGAGGCCGCGUCCACCGAUUAAGAGAACAACUAGUAUGACGGAAUUUAGUUUGGAUCUUAAUAAUAUUAACAACAACAACAAAGCUGAUCAUCAGGGUGGUGUUGUUGUUAUGAAUGCUAAUAAUAAUCAGCAGCAGUUUGAUCCUAACAACCCUUUUAUGGGCUUAGAUCAAAGGUUCAUGGCGGCUGCCGCCGUGUCGCCGUCGCCACGGCCGAGAAAUCUUCGUCGUAAUUCAGCUGAUUUCCAUGCUACAGCCGAUUCUGCCCAUUUCUUAAAGGCUUGUGCCCUUUGCAAGCGCCGUUUGAUCCCCGGCCGUGAUAUCUACAUGUAUAGAGGGGAUAGUGCUUUCUGCAGUCUAGAAUGUAGGCAACAACAGAUGACUCAAGAUGAAAGAAAAGAAAAGUGCUCAUUGAUGGCAUCCAAGAAGGAAGCUGGAACAGCCAUUGCCGGCGUCACCGGAUCCAAAGUCUCCGGCAAAGGGGAGACAGUGGCUGCAGUGUAGUGGAAUAUAUUAGAGAUCUAUAAUUAUUUAUCAUGUAUCAAUCUAUAUAUAUAUAUAUAUAUAAAAUAUAUGUAUAUGCCCACCAGCAUAUAUAUCCAUAUGCAUGUUUGUAUAUGAUAUAUCUAAGCUUACAUAAUAUGCAUAAAACCAUGUAAUGUGUCUUCUUUCAGUCCUCUACUUGGGAUGGGGGAGGGGG